GUUUAACUGAUUUUUGUUCUUGAUCAUUUUUAAGUGUUCCUUGAUAAUUAUUUUUAUCUUAUAAGUUUCGUUUAUUUAAUAAUUAUUUUAAUUAUGUAUUAUUCAUGUGUUGAAAGUUUUGUGAAAUUAAAUUCACGUAAAAUUAUCAAAUACUCGGCUAUAUUGACGGUGCUAUUUGCUAUAUAUUUAGCACCGGUAGGUGACUAUAUGAUUGCUGGACUUAAAUACUUGCCCGGAUACUACCAUGACCUGGAUACUAUUCGAACUUCCGUACAAAUCAUAGAAUCUCGUGGUUUUCAAUCGGAAACACAUUACAUAACCACUGUUGACGGCUAUAUCCUAACUGUUAACCGGAUAGUCAACCCAUACGUAAAGGACAGGUCAUCCCUAAGGCCAGUCCUACUACAGCACGGCUUUCAGAGCUCCGAUAAGGGUUGGCUCAUCACCUCAGCCAUGACGGCUAUAUCCUAA